AAAAAUGUAUGACAGUCCUCCUCAAAGAGGUAUGCAUUUGAAAGCCCUCAAAGAGGUAUGCAUUUGAAAGCCCUCAAAGAGGUAUGCAUUUGAAAGCCCUCAAAGAGGUAUGCAUUUGAAAGCCCUCAAAGAGGUAUGCAUUUGAAAGCCCUCAAAGAGGUAUGCAUUUGAAAGCCCUCAAAGAGGUAUGCAUUUGAAAGCCCUCAAAGAGGUAUGCAUUUGAAAGCCCUCAAAGAGGUAUGCAUUUGAAAGCCCUCAAAGAGGUAUGCAUUUGAAAGCCCUCAAAUAGGUAUGCAUUUGAAAGCCCUCAAAGAGGUAUGCAUUUGAAAGCCCUCAAAGAGGUAUGCAUUUGAAAGCCCUCAAAGAGGUAUGCAUUUGAAAGCCCUCAAAGAGGUAUGCAUCUGAAAGCCCUCAAAGAGGUAUGCAUUUGAAAGCCCUCAAAGAGGUAUGCAUUUGAAAGCCCUCAAAGAGGUAUGCAUUUGAAAGCCAUCAAAGAGGUAUGCAUUUGAAAGCCAUCAAAGAGGUAUGCAUUUGAAAGCCCUCAAAGAGGUAUGCAUUUGAAAGCCCUCAAAGAGGUAUGCAUUUGAAAGCCCUGUCUCUGGGUAAAGCAGUGAGCACUAAGCACAGUUCAAGCAGCUUUAGGGACAUUUCAUUUAAACAGCUGUGCUGUCUGAGCAUCUGUCCCAAUAUUACUACUAAGUCCCAGUGGCCAUUCCUGGCACAUUCUCUUGGUACAAAAAUAACACAAUGACAUAACCUAUCUGACUGGUUCAGCACCAUAGUAUAUGGUAUUUAAUCUGACCUGAGUGACCACAUUAAUGCUCUCUUUUCCCCACCUGACCACAGAAAUGCUCUCUUUUCCCCACCUGACCACAGAAAUGCUCUCUUUUCCCCACCUGACCACAGAAAGGCUCUCUUUUCCCCACAUGACCACAUGAAUGCUCUCUUUUCCCCACCUGACCACAUUAAUGCUCUCUUUUCCCUACCUGACCACAGAAAUGCUCUAUUUUCCCCACCUGACCACAUUAAUGCUCUCUUUUCCCCAACUGACCACAUUAAUGCUCUCUUUUCCCCACCUGACCACAUUAAUGCUCUCUUUUCCCCACCUGACCACAUUAAUGCUCUCUUUUCCCCACCUGACCAUAUUAAUGCUCUCUUGUCCCUACCUGACCACAGAAAUGCUCUCUUUUCCCCACCUGACCACAUUAAUGCUCUCUUUUCCCCACCUGACCACAUUAAUGCUGUCUUUUCCCCACCUGACCACAUUAAUGCAUUCUUUCCCCCUCAUCUGCUUUUGUCCUAAACCUUCUUGUUUUCUCUAUGAAUUAUCUGAGUAAGAUUAAGGCCUCAUUCUUAUUUUCCACAACUCUUUGAGCAUGCUAUCGUUUAGAAAUAUAUUACUAGUAAUAUGCAUAAAUAUAUAUGCGCAUAUAUUAUCAACUGUUGAUAACUGUUAUAGUUUCAUAAAAUAAGAUAUACAUUUUCUAAUAUGAGUUUUCAGAGGUUUCCGGUAUAGGCUACAUUAGUUCUUUUUUCUUAGACUAACAGGAAAGAUGUCAUACAGUGAGUGACCUUUUCAAAAGCCCUCAUUAGAGAAGAUACACCUCUCUCACUUGUUUUUCAGUACAGUGAGAAAAUGUGUGUGUGUCAUGACGGUUGCUCUUAUCUCUGUUUGUGUGUGUGAUUGUGUGUGUGUUUGUGUGUGUGUGAGCUCCAAAAGGGCUGGUCAGUUUAGAAGCUAAUCUACCCAACACAAGGGCGAUUCUCCCCUGCUCAACACGAUAAUGGUGAAUGGGGCGGUCCCUCCUAUUGACUCCAGAGUGGUGUCAGACGCUGCUGGACAAGGUGUGACCAUCACUGGAGAGAAUACCUACAACAACUGGGACUGGACCAAUUCGGUUGUCUUUGCUGCCACUAUUGUCACUACCAUAGGUUAUGGUAAUGUUGCCCCAAAGACGGCUGGCGGCCGUAUAUUCUGCAUCCUGUAUGGCCUGUGUGGGAUCCCUCUCUGCCUCACCUGGAUUAGUGAGCUGGGCUCGUUCUUCGGAGACAGAGCCAAGCGCCUGGGACAGGUCCUGGUACUCAAAGGCCUUAGUGUGAAAAAGGUCCAGUUGAUCUGCACGGCCAUCUUCCUCCUGUGGGGUCUGCUGGUACACCUGGUGAUCCCCCCGUUUGUGUUCAUGUCCCUGGAGGGAUGGUCGUACCUGGAGGGCUUCUACUUCUCCUUCAUCACCCUCACCACUGUCGGCUUCGGGGACUACGUCGCAGGUAUCAAUCCAAACAUAGACUACCCAAGGCUGUACCGGGUGUUUGCAGAGGUGUGGAUCUACAUGGGUCUGGCCUGGCUGUCUCUGUUCUUCAGCUGGAACGUCCACAUGGUUGUGUCGGCUCACAAGGUCCUGAAGAAGAGAAGGCAGAGACACAGGAUGGACCACCGAUGGCAGCUCGAGAAGGACGACAUCCGCAGCCCUCGCCGCGUCCCCACCGCCGUCGACAUCUUCAACUUCCUGUCUGAGAAGCAUGAGGACUACAGCACCGCCAUCAGGCAGAUUGGCGCUGCCGCGAAGCCGAAGCCGGAAUUCAAGGAGUUGAGUCGUUCAAAGAGCUGUAGUGACAUCCUGGGGACAAAUAUCCAAACCCUGGAGCAUUCCCCACGCCGCCUGAGGCGCCACCUCAGCAUCAGUCACAAUAUGUUACUAAGCAGCUUUGGGAUGGGAGAGGAGGGGCAGAGGCUUAUUGAGGAUGACCCUGUCUUUAUGAAAGACCCUGUGUUUGAGGAGAACUGUCUGGAUAGGGACACUAGAGCGAAGGCUGUUUAUGUGUCCAACUCAAAAGAGAACCUAAACCCCGCCGAUCUAGGUCCUAACAUCAACAAAGAGGAGAAUGUUCAGAAUCAAGAUGGUGGAGAGAAUAGGUUUACUGUAUCAAAGGUAGUGGAGGGGGAUUCGGGAGAGGAGAAUGAUGAGAAAGGCUGAAGCCUUGGAUCCAUCCUCUUCAUGGAGAACUGAAUGAUGUAAUCAAAAGGGGACUAUCGCGCUCUCAUAGAAGUUUGGUUGGUGCGUAAAACCUGUGAAUUCAGAAAAAUAAAAAGGUGUGAUGGGUCUGUGAUGGGUCCGCGGAUCAUCAACACUUUUUAUUUAUUGUACCCAUCACACCUUUUAAUUUAUCAUCCCCCAUCACACCUUUUAAUUUAUCAUCCCCCAUCACACCUUUUUAUUUAUCAUCCCCCAUCACACCUUUUUAUUUAUCAUCCCCAUCACACCUUUUUAUUUAUCAUCCCCAUCACACCUUUUUAUUUAUCAUCCCCAUCACACCUUUUUAUUUAUCAUCCCCCAUCACACCUUUUUAUUUAUCAUCCCCCAUCACACCUUUUUAUUUAUCAUCCCCAUCACACCUUUUUAUUUAUCAUCCCCAUCACACCUUUUUAUUUAUCAUCCCCCAUCACACCUUUUAAUUUAUCAUCCCCCAUCACACCAUUUUAUUUAUCAUCCCACAUAACACCUUUUUAUUUAUCAUCCCCCAUCACAGUUUUAUUUAUCAUCCCCCAUCACCGUUUUAUUUAUCACCCCAUCACACCUUUUAAUUUAUUACCCCAUCACACCUUUCAAUUUAUCACCCCAUCACACCUUUUUAUCCAUCUGAUCUGAAUGAUGUAGAAGCAUCAUAACAAGGUCCUGGGACAACCAGAGACUAUGGCAGAGUUAGGAUUGGUCACAUUCCCCUGUGGUGAGGAGUGGAAACACAUUUUCAACGGUUUUCCUUAACAUCGUGAUCAGUGAAAUGUAUGACCCAAGAUUAUCAAGGCCUAAGAUCAUGAGCACAGUCUGGACAACUUCCUGUCUUCUCUGUUAUCUUUAUCUCGAUGUUAAACACACAUUUUGGUCUGUGGGAAAAGUAAAAGAAGGAAAAUAUAGCAAACAAUGGACUCCUUAGAGUUGCCAGUGUGAUUUACCUGACUCUAAAAUGAGAAAUUGAAAGCAAUGUAGUUUGUCUAUUGUUACAAACUGCCUUCAGAAAUAAAGUUUACAUGAGUUUC